AUGGAGGACUUGAUAUACAAGUUUAAAGACCAGCUUGACUACUACAAAAGAGCGGCAGAAGAGGAGAAAAGGAGGGCGGACGACGCAGUGAGGAAGGCGCAGGAAAUCGCGGAGCACUUGAAAAAGGUGAACGAGGCAAGGCUUGUUGCUCAGCAAGAGGCCAGCCGAGCCAACGAAGAGCUCAGGCUAUACAAGUUACAACUGGAGUAUGCACAACGAGAGAUUCACCGCGCCCAGGCAGUGUUGGAAGCAGUGGACAAGCAAAGGUUCGCUGCCGAAAAACAAGCAGCUGAUGCGAGAGCGAAGGCACGUCGUUUGAACGAAGAACUACUCGUUGAACAGGCUAGGCGGGAAGGGCGCCGGCAGGAGAGUAGACCGCAGUCGCAAACUGAACCUGAGCCUGUCCAUCAACCUGAGCCACCCCGCCAACCACCGUCGCCAUCACCUCCUCCAGUGGCCAUCCCUGAACCUCGGCCAGCUUCCGAACUCAUGCAAAUGCAUACACCGUCGGUGAUGGGAGGUGCAGAUCUUCCACCCCCACCUACAUUCCAGUCGUCACGUCCGCAUUCGAGAGCAGCAUCCAUGGUACAGUCCGAAAUUAGGCCCCCCAGUUUCCGACAACCUUCUCCAACCCCACGAAUGACCCCAAGUCCGCUUCCCCCUACCCAUAUUCCUCCUGACAAUUUUAUCCCUUUGGUCGGUGAGGACGGUUCGAUUGGAUUGCCGGCACCGCACGAGUUUAACAGAAGAGCACGAACACCUGACAUCGGAGGCUCUCCAAACCCCUACUCUCAGGCAGGUUUGGAUCAUCCCCAAAGACAAUCUUCAAUAGACUCUGCUUCGACUGGGAUGUCUCAACUCGACAUGCUCAAUCCGCCUAUUCAUACGCACCUGACCCCUGCUUUGAGUGUCAUUCAAGAAGUUAACAGCUCUGCAGCAACCCCCAUGUCGAUGGGAUACUCCGGCCAGGGGCUUCAUCACCAGAGAUCCAUGAGCGGGAAUUCAUUCGUCUCAGGCAGAGGUCAAGAGCUCUUUGGUGGAGGCGGAGGCCCGCUGGAAGGUUCAGCGUUGGGUAUCAAUGUUGACGGGACAAGGACGCCUGCAAGUGUCGUUCGUUCGGUGCAUUCAGAAAGGUCCCCUGCACCCAGUGCCGUCCAUUCAGUGCACCCUGAAAUGACUCCUGCACCGAGUGUCGUUCGUUCGGCCCAUCCGGAAUCCCCUGCGAUGAGCGCCGUGCGUUCCGUUCACCCUCAAGCCACGCCUGCUAUGAGUGCCGUCCGCUCCAUCCAUCCACAAGCAACCCCAGCGAUGAGCACCGUGCGUUCCGCUCACCCUCAAGCCACGCCCGCCACGAGUGCCGUCCGCUCCAUCCAUCCACAAGCGACCCCAGCGAUGAGCGCCAUGCAUUCAGUCCACCCACAGGCAACUCCGGCGAUGAGUGCCGCCCUCUCAGUCCAUCCUGAACGAACCCCUGCCCCUAGCGCUACUCGAUCUGUCCACGCAGCAUCACCUGCCCCUAGCGCUACACGUUCCAAUCUACCAGAAAGGACGCCUGCAAGUGCGGUCCGAUCUAUUCACCCGUCGAGACCCCCAUCCGCACUGAGCAGAGUGUCAGCACGACAAGAACGUUCGGAUCAGAAGCCGCCUAGCAUCGAGAUUGAAGUUCAACCUCCAGCACAACACCUCUGCCAUCCGUCCCACUGCCAUCGUACGCCGAGUCGAACGUCGGAAGUGCGAUGCCUGGAGGCAUAG